UAUUCUAUGUAGAAGAACCUAUAUAGCCUCAGUCUGGUAAUCAGGGUAGUUCGUCCAUUUAUCAUCCAUUUAAAUGGCGGACAAGUCCACGCGCUGCCUAUGGCCCGUCUCGCUCGCACAAAGUUUGGCUUGCCCGCUUGCACACAUAGGGGACACCUGCCCGUGUCGUCGGUGUCGCUGGGAAGAAGAAUCCGCUGCGAAGAAUCCGAAGAAACGGGGAUUCAGUCUCCUCGCGAUGCUCUGGCACUGAUCUUCUCUCCGCCGAUCUUCACUUAAAAGCUUUCUCAAAUAAGUGGAAUCGUCAUUGGAUUUGUAAUCGUAAUCGAAAAUUUUAAUCGUUAUCGCCAAACGACGGAAUACCGCAAGGACGAAAAAAAAGGAUCAAAAUAGGCCAAAAAUUGAAUAAAAACCAAAAACAAUGACAAUGUUCUCCUUGCUGACAGCUACGCUGACUGCGACUGCGACGGCAACGGCAACGGCGACCGUGACUGCAACCGCGACGUCAACCGAGUCAGAGGCAGAGGCAGCGACGUUGAACGAGACUGAGGCUGCUGGAACCGAAAUGUUUUCGGAUGCGGAUGUAGUGGAAGUGCGGCGUGUUGUUCAACGCAUUUUGGUGCCGUGCGUUUUUGUUAUUGGCCUAUUGGGAAAUUCAGUGAGCAUUUAUGUUUUGACGCGAAAACGUAUGCGUUGCACUACAAAUAUUUAUUUAACUGCCCUGGCCAUCACGGAUAUCGCUUACCUGACUUUCCAGCUAAUUCUCAGCUUUCAGCACUACGAUUAUGUCAAGUACCAUUGCGAGAUAUAUUGGCAGUUUUAUGGAUAUUUUGUUUGGCUUUGUGAUUCAUGUGCCUACAUAUCGAUUUACAUAGCCGUGUGCUUCACAAUUGAGCGAUUCAUUGCGAUUCGUUAUCCGCUCAAGAGACAAACAUUCUGCACAGAGUCCUUGGCCAAGAAGGUGAUUGCAGCUGUUGCACUUUUCUGCCUACUGUCGACACUUUCAACGGCCUUUGAACACUCGUUCGCCCGUAAAUUCCGUCUGAUCGACGAUGACUAUCGUCCUUGCAACCAGACCCUCGCCAACGUUUCACCCCAGCCCCUGGCGCUCACCCCGUCCCUCUCCAUGCAGGCUCCCAGCCCCUUAGAUUCCACCACGCCCCUGCCCACAGCCAUGCUGCCCACACCGGUGACUCCCCACAUGCAGGACUUGACCAGGAAACCGGAGAAACCUCUUGGAGUUUUGGUUUCUGACGUCUUCAGUGGUGGUGGCAGCGGGGAUGGAGGUGUACCAGAAUAUAAAGCAGAGAAGCGCUGGCCUUUGCACUCACCUGGUUUUAGAACAACGCCACCUAUGAGUAAAGUUCUUCAACAACAGGACAUAGAUCAGGAUGAGGAUCAAGAUCAAAAUCCAGAUCACGUUACUGAAAGUCUACAAUUUGUAUCGCGUCGCUUGAAAAGUCUUUCGGAAGUGAAUACCACAGAGGCCUUUGCAUUUAAUAUAACAGAAUAUUGUCAAAAUAUGACUUUCUUUUUGCAUACAUCUUCGGAACUCGGUAUGAACGAUCUAUAUGCCAGUGUUUGGAAUUUGUUUACACUUUUAGUUUUUGUCCUGUUGCCCUUACUUUUGCUGGCCACUUUUAACUCUUUUUUGAUAUUAUUGGUACACCGUUCAAAAAACUUGCGAGGUGAUUUAACAAAUGCCAAUAGCAUAAGACGGACAAAACGAAAAUCAAAUUCUGGAAUAACUGGUACAGUCUCACAAGAGAAUCGAGUUACGAUUACUUUGAUAGCUGUGGUCCUUCUAUUCAUCGUUUGCCAAUUACCUUGGGCCAUAUACCUGAUACUGGGUCAGUAUAUGGAAAUCGCGCCCAGUACUCAGGUUGUGGCCGGUAAUGUUUGCAAUUUGCUGGCUGCCUUCAAUGCGGCAUCAAAUUUUUUCUUAUACUGUGUGCUAUCCGAUAAGUAUCGAAAAACAGUUCGUGAGCUAAUCACCGGCUAUCGUUAUCGACGCCGGCAUAUGCGUAAUAAUACGAGUCUCUAUGUACCGCACACCACCACCACCUUGACCCACAUAAAUGGUGAUCGUGGCGGAGGAGGUUCCUAUUACGGUGGUGCUGGUAAUCGAAGAAGUCGAAAUAAAUCGGCUGCUUUAGGUCGCCUGAUAGCGUGAAACUUGAACGUUUUUUUUUUAUUAUUAUAUUAUUGUAUUUUUGAAAAAAAAAUAGUCUAUAUGAGAAAAUCCAGAGAGGCAUGAAAAGUCAUAAAAUGUUUUAAAAAUUACUCUCGAUUAUUUCCGAUAGUAACUAAUAUUGUUUUCUUAUCGAUUAUUGAUUAUCGACUUUUAAUGAUUAAUUUAUAGCUGCAUCGAUUUAAUGUUAAUUGAUAUGUCUAUAAUAUAUAUUUAUAUACAUAUAUAUGUACGAGUAUAUAUACUACAUAACCUACAUUGUGCCAUAAUGUGAUGAUUAUAGAUUUAUGCUAGUUAACCUAAACGUAAUUGUUGUCCUAAGUACUAAACGCAUCAAAUCAAAUACACAAUACACAAUACACAUACAAAUAAGA